UUGCAUCAGCUCUCAAUCCACCACCGUAGAGAAAAUGAAGUCCCUCUUCUUCAUUGCCUUCCUCUUUGCUCUCCUCGCCAUAACAUUAACUGAGGUGAAUGGUUGUGAUCAUCAUGGACAUCAUAAGAAGUAUGGGCAUAGGAAAUUGUUUGUGUUUGGAGAUUCUUAUGCGGACACUGGAAAUAUGGGGAAGAUUGGUGAGAGGCAUUCGCGCCCCUGGUACGAGCCUUAUGGUAUGUCGUACCCUCAUCGGCCAGCUGGACGAUUCUCCGAUGGCAUCAUCUUCACUGAUUAUCUCGCUACUUACCUAAGACUCAGAACUCCAACCCCAUACAAAUACCGCAAGCUCAGCACCAAGCACCCCUACGGCAUGAACUUUGCUGUUGGAGGCUCUGGUGUUUUUUACACGCCUAACGAUCAACGCAAACUCUCAGCCCAAAUCGACGCAUUCCAAGCCCAAAUCAACGAGAAUGUCUUCUCUCAUCACGACGUUAAGUCCUCUGUUGUGUAUGUCGCCAUCUCUGGCAACGACUACAGUUUUUACGCCAAUAACCACAGUUUAUUUGAUGUAUAUGCCUACUGCAGAAACGUGACGACUGAGCUUACAGUACAAUUGAAGAGGCUUGCAGAAAUUGGCGUUGGGAAAGUUCUUGUAGCAAAUAUUAGUCCGCUUGAAUGCACACCGACUGUUACAAGAUCAAAAUCUAACUAUACAAAAUGUGACCUUGGUUAUUCUCUUGGAACCUCAGAGCACAAUAUUCUUUUGAGUCGAUUUGUAGGCAAUUUGACUCAAGAGAUUAAGAGCACUCAGUUUCUUCUUGUCGAUCUUUACAACGCCUUCAAGUCCGUUAUCGACACAGCACAUAAUGGCACAAGAAAGUUCGAGCACAUAAUGAGGCCGUGUUGUGAACCUACUACAGACGACUUCGAUUGUGGUUGGGUCGAUAACAACGGACAGAAGCUCUACUCGCUGUGUUCGAACCCACAAGACUACUUCUUCUUCGACACAGUGCAUCCGACUCAAGCUGGUUGGGGUGCUGUCUUUGAAAAUCUCGUGCCUUGGCUCAAGAAAAAUCUCUGAAGACUUUGAUAGGAUUCAUUGUUUUUCUAUACUAGUUGGCAUGUUUUUAGAUUAUUUGUUUAGGGUUUAGGGUUGAACUUGAUUAGAUUUGUGGGCUAUUUCGGCCUUUGUUCUAGUUAUUUUGUUGGGGAAUAUGUAGGUUAAUUUGUUGGGGUUUAGUAAUGAAAUUGAUUUAAUUGCUCAUU